AUGUCAGAUGAAAUACCUUUAACCCCGGUAAUCACCCGAACCAAGAUGACCGCUAAAAUGUCUACCCCCAAAUCUGCUAAGAAAAGAACAAUCUUAACCAAACAUUUUGAAGAAUCAUACAUAGAGGAAGAUGAUGAAACAUACGUAUAUAAUGAAACAAUGGAAGUUGAUAUCGAAGAAGAAGACAAUGAAGAUUUCGAGUUGAAUAGUGAUGAAGAUAUCUCGGAAAAUUCCACAGAAGUUGGAAGUGUCAUUGAAGAUAAAGUUGAUGAACCUGUACCUCCACAACUGUCAGUCCGUGCUUUCUUGGUCAAACACGAAAUCAUCAGAAAAGUAUUCCAUUCUUCUAUCGGAUUAAUAACCUUAUGGCUUUAUACCUUAGGGGUUAAAAAAGACCAAUUAGUUGUACCGUUGGGUUUACUCUUCUUAGGAGUGUUCACCAAUGAUUAUAUCAGAUUACAUAAUCCAAGUAUCAACAAAAUAGUGGUUGAAAAGAUGUGGUUUAUCAUUAGGGAGAGUGAAAUCAAUCUGUAUAAUGGGAUUUUAUCAUACUUAGCUGGAUUAUUCAUCGUAUUCAGUAUCUUACCAAAAGAUAUGGCUGUUAUGUCAGUAUUGUUGUUAAGUUGGGCAGAUACUGCAGCUUCAACUUUUGGUAGAAAGUUUGGUAAAUAUACUUUCCAAAUUUCCCAUGGAAAAUCAUUUGCUGGAGCUUUAGCUAGUUUCUUUACUGGAAUCUUCAGUAGUUAUUUACUUUAUGGAUAUUUCAUCCCUCAAUUCAAUCAUGUUAAUGGACCUCAAGAUAUCUUUUGGAAACCUGAAACUUCCAAAUUAGACUUACAUGUUUAUUCAAUAUUAUGUGGCUUAAUAGCUUCAAUUUCGGAAUUCAUCAACUUAUUCAAUCUCGAUGAUAACUUUACCAUACCCGUAUUAAGUGGGUUCUUCCUUUAUGGAUUAGUUUCUUACUUUCAAGUUUAA